UCUCCAAACAAACCUUAAAUGAGAAUCCGAGGGAAGCAACGGAUCAAUUUGGCGGGAAUACACGUGUCCAGCAUAUAGUGGUUCCAGCUAAGAUUUCCUGCCAGAAAAACCCUUUUAUACACUCCUCUCGUUGCAGCCUCCGCCGUUUAACACCCUCAAUCCGCCCCAAUUCUUCCCCCAUUUCCUCUCCUCAGCCAUUACUUUUUGCUCUGUCAUCUCCCGCUUCCUUUGUAUUUUCUCCGUAAUAUUUCAGACAUGAGCUCCUCAGACCCUCUCAAAUCCACCCCUCUGAAAUCCAAAAAAUCUCUCAACCUAUCCUCCGAAUCACCCAUUUCCAAAACCCCAGAAAAGCACGCCUUCCAGCUUCCCAACCGUGCUUGUAACCGUGGCGUCGCCCUUUCCAUCAAGGAGAUCCAGCCGGUGACCCAGACCUGGCUCAAACCUGCGACCGACCAGAUCAAAUCUCCCCCAAAACAGAUCUUAUCUGUGGCCAUUGAAUCUCCUCCACCCAAAGCCUCCGGUGACCGUCCUGAUAAACUCCCUGAAAAGUACGAGAUAUUGUGUAAUUUUUUCUACAGCUUAGAUUCUGCAAUCAGGCUGCUAAAACUGAAAGGGUCAAUGCCAACUUUUACUAAUAUCAGCCCCAAAAUAGAGUGUUUAACUGAUAGGAGGUUUUCUUACGGUCAUUUGGCCCAGUUGAAGUAUAUUUUACCAGAGGCGAUUGAGAUAAAGAGAAUGCUAAUCUUUGAUGAGAGGACUAGUUGUAUGAAACCCGAUCUCCACGUUAGCAUCAUUGUCGAUGCGAUUGACUGUGAGGAUGAGUCAAAAUCUGACACUAAGAAUCUGAACUUGAGAAGAGUUUUUCGAGCUCGGCUCGCAGAUUAUCUCAAGGCUUAUCCUGAGGGUGAUGAAGUUCCAGCAGAAGAUCUCCCAGAGCCGUUCAAUCGUUCAAAGCAGAAUAUUCAAUUGAACAUGAUUAAAGGAGGUUUUCCAUGGUCAUCUGAUCAGUCAUCAACUGAUACACUGAGAGAGCAGCAAUCCUUGACAGCGCAAGGUGAAGUUAUUCAAGAGGAAGCACGAUCACAACCAUUCAAUCGCUCAAAUUCCUAUUCAAAACUGGCUGUGAAGACAUUAGCUGCUGCAUUUAAUGACCAGCAACCUGAGCUAGCAUCUCAUGUAUCUCGAUCAUUUAGAAAGCGCUUUUCCCAGAAAGCCACAAGCAAAGCUCCGGAGGCUGUCCAGAAAUGUUCAAAGGUUUCCCUUCAGUCUUUGAUUUUUCAAGUUCCAGAGCUAUGUGCUGACAAGUCUGCCUUUAGUGACAAAACUACCUCUUCUCCGAUUAAAUCCCCAACUAAAUCUUUAUCUAGGCCAACUACUAUCAAGCCGAGUCCCAAAUCUUGCCUCCCUGCAACCCCAGUCAAAGAGAUAAAUCCCUUGAAAACUGAAGAUGAGUCCCCUACAAAAGCUGGCAGUAUUCAGUCCACUCCUGCUAAACUAGCUUCAACUCCUGCUAGGCUGAUGACUGCCACACCUAAUAUAAAGCCACAGAAGAGAUGUUACAUUAGCCCAGAUGAUGUUUCUUCCAGUUCAUCAAACAAGUUAGUCAGGCGGCCACUGCGUACCAGGUCCUUGAAAUUUGACAAUCCUGUGAAGGAAGAGAAGGUUGUUGAUGAAGUGCAUGAGAUGGCAGGCAAACCAGUUGAUAGUGAUGAAGAUGAUAUUCUUUCAAUGCUGCCUGAGAGCCCUCUGCAUUCAAUAAUGGGGAAAGAAAGAAAAGCAACGGAUGAGCAAGAUCCGGCAAUCUCACAAGCAAAGAGGCAACGACACCUGAUUGCCCGCCUACCUAAGCUCUUUAACAUGAUUCACUAUCUAUUCCAGUCCAUAAAUAGAUCAAUUAUUACCAAAGAGGAGCUUAUUUAUAAAAUAAUUGCUGACCAUUGUGAUAUUGCCAAUAGAGUAGAAGUUGAAGAGCAGCUAAAACUGUUGCUAGAGCUAGCUCCGGAAUGGAUAUCUGAAAAGAUGGCCUUUACUGGGGAUUUACUUCUUUGCAUUAAUAAGGUGUCAAGCCCUGAGUCAAUUCGAAUGCAGGUUCAAGAAGCGAAAUGAGUGGAGAAUCAGCUCAGUUUCGUUAAUUUAUAAAAGAAAUCAUAUUUACAGAUGGAGUUCAAGUUUCUGUCUACGUUCAGCUUUUGUAAAGGUAAGAUGAAAGCUACUAUUGAGUAUGAUCCACCAUUUCAAUACUAGUGCUUUCCUUGACUAUCUCAUGCUUUUGAGUUGUGUUUAAAGUUAUCCAAAAAAGAGAGAACUAUAUGCCAAUAUGCGACUUCACACUUCACAGUCGGCAAAUUAUUUGAGAUGCUUUUAAUAAGCUCCAUAUCAACAAUUAGAGACAAAAAUGAGGGGUACUUGUGGCUGUGGAGGCUGUUUAAAACAAAUCAAGUUCUUUUCCUGAAUAAAUUUGGACACAUCUCUUAGCCGAUCUUACACUGCAUGAACCUCUUCGAUGCGUUUCUCCUGAUGCUAAACACUCCUGUUACCUUUAGCUUAUUACAAUGGAAGAAAAUUGCUAUUGGGUCUUGAUGUAAGCCUGAUCUCUUUCUUUUUCCUACGAUAGCUAGCAUAAGCCAAUGAUAACAAUGACUCCAAGUAGUAUGCUGAAUGGUAAAACAAAAAUUACAGAGCAU